AUGAAAAUGUUCUCAGUCUUCAGCUUGUUGUUCGUGUUUUUAUCAUUAAGGUUCGUCAAUUGCAAUGUUGAGGGCUUCAAGCUCCGACUAGACGAACCUGACGAAAACGUUUUCAAAGUUAAAACGUCCCAAUUUGACAAUAUUCGCUACAAACAUUACACUCCUCUUAAACACAAUUACAUUGUUAGCGUCCUAGAUUCUGAUUAUAAAGUCUGGGAGUCAGACGGUUUCGAAACUUGUGUAUAUUCUUUAUUGGCAUAUAGGAAACAAUUACCCUAUUUGCUUUAUUUCCAGGUUGACUCAGGUCAUACACUUCAGCAUUUCUAUUAUGUGAAGGAGUUGAAUCGUUGGAAAAAGAUUGACAUAAACAAUUAUUGCAAUCUUUUGAAAGAGGUUAAAAAUGAGGUUAUAGUUAACGGAGUUUUUGGUUAUAAUCUUUUUAACGCAGUUCGUAACAGUAUGAUGUCAGUUGAAAAUGCUUCAGAAGACGUUCCUUAUACACAAUUUACCUCAACUAUAGGAUACUUAGCUCAUUACGUGUACUUUAAAACCCACAAGCUUUGGAGUUCUAAAGCUCCUGGCGAAAGAUGUGCAGCGGCCUUUUGUUACUCACAUUCAGACCAAUAUUACAUGGUAAGACUUCUGAUAACGAAUGCAAAUGAGGAGUCGAAACUGGAAACCUUUUUCAAUAUAAAAGGUAAAUGGGUACAUGUACACACAUUGGAUGAGGUCCAUGACAAAAAAUUGUAUGUUCAGAAGCCAGAGUCUUUCAAAUAUCCAAACUAUACUUUUACAUGUAAACCAGUUGAUUUCAAUAAAGUACAAACUUUACACACUAAGGUAGAUGAGCCAGAUGAAUUUGAGUCGGAUAAAUCUGGUGAACCUUACUUUGAUUUAACUGAUGAAUUUUACAAGUAUAAAGUCCAGUAUGAAGAUACAGAUAAUACAUUUGGAUUUCAUGAUCACGUUCAUUCACAUGACUACGUUGAUCGUGUUGAAUCUGCAUGCCAAGAACCAUACUUUGAUCUUACGUCAACACCUGAUACCUCACACUCUUCUGAUUAUGAUGACAGUGGAGAAAUGUUUGAUAAGUGUGUUAGCGCAUCGGGACUAAGGUCGGAUUACACUACAAAAUUGGACAUAUCAAUAGCUGGGAUAAAUCUGUUUACACAGCUAAGAUGUGUCGAUAAUGUGUUUUAUAAGGUAUACAAUCCAACGCCCGACUCAGUGCUGAGUACGGUAGUUGACUGUAAGAGUGAGAUUUGGAAGGCUAAAUCUGAGUCUGAGAGAUGUGUGCAUGUUCUGGCACCUCAGAAAGAGGGUCAACACAUGGCACUUUACCUAAUUUUGGAAGUUGAAUCUGAGUUUAAAACUUUGUUUUUCGAGAAAAUUAAUGGGAAAUGGAUUAGUUCUAACUUGGAAAAAUAUAAGAAGAUAAUUGCCAGUCUCAAGGAGAAUGUUGUCAAUGAAGCAAUUACCAUAGAUUUAAGGUCGAAGACUGAAUCAAGCCUUUAUUCAGUGGAGUAUAAGUUUGGCAAGAAUCCCUACUUACUUUAUUUGCCGAGUUUUGGAACGUCUUGUAAUAAAUUAGUCGAUGGUUCUCAGACCAUCUGGGAAUCCUCAAAUGCAUUUGACAGAUGUGUCGCAGUUUGGUCAUAUGAGAGUUGGGCCAAGCCUUACAUGGUAAAGGUAUUGAUCCAAUUUAGUGAUGGCUCUUCUGAUGUCCUAUCAUUUCUUAAUGCCAGGAAUCAGUGGGAUCUCUUCAGCUCAUUUAAACGAUCGUUUGCCAAUAAAAUGCCCUUCAAAAAACCACUCGACUUUUAUAAUCCCGAAUAUCUCUUCAAUCAAGAUAUUACACAUUACACUACAGUUAAUACUGUUACUUCGUCUGAAAGUACAGUAGAAACUACUUUAGUUGAUAAUACAAAAUUAGUUGAUAAUACACAUGAUAGUGAGAGUACAAAACUAAGUGAGAAUACAAAACUAAAUGAGAGGGAUUAUGUAAAUUCAUUAACUGAGGAAUUUAAUAAAAUGAAUCUAAAUUAUGAACAUAAAGAUUCGUACAAUAUGUACAUUAAUUCAGAUUCAAAUGAGAUGAAAUCUUUAGAUUCAAAUACUGAAAUGCAUGAGUUUAAAUUGGGAUCAAGAACUGAAAAGGCAGUUCAGAACGCAGUAGUCGAUAAGAUUUGUAAUAGAAAGUUAGUAACUCAAAAGUAUAAAAUAUAUUAUAAACCAAUUUCAGCAAAAGAUUGUGUCCAUUUGGACAUAUCAAUGCCCGUGAAUCUUAAUAGCUAUGAAGCAGUUUCAGCAGAGUUUGAUGGUAGAUUAUUAUUACUCAGCUAUAGAGCAUUACCGGGUAAAUACUUUAGAGCCGUUUAUGACGGAAUUGAUGUAAUAUUCCUGGGAAAUCACACAACUCACCUCUGCUAUGAGUUUAAUGUAUACUUAAAAAACAAGGUCUUCUACCUUGCAGAUGCGCUAGUCAGAGUAAAAAACGAAGACGUAACAUUGCACCUCAAAAAAACCAGUAAUGGUUGGGAGUACAUUGAUCAGGAAACUUUCCUUGAAUCAGUUGAAAUUUUGAAAAAGUCAUCUAAUAGAUGA